CUCGGCAGCCAGUUCAGCGAGCAGCAGAUUUCACUACAACGAUCUGUACUUCUUGAGGCCAACGAGCGUGUGCAAGCAGUUUGGCGACAGCACCACUUUGGCGACUUCAUCUGCAAGCAGCGCCAGAGCGGUGGCCUGAAGACUACCAUGGUGCGGCUACAAGAUGGCAGUCACACCUCGACCGUUCGCCUGGGGGCCAACUUUGAUUUGGGAGCUCCGGGCAUGGUCGACAACGCUGAGGCACCGGCUGCAGUUGCGAGCCUCCUUGACCUGUUGUUCAAGACAGAGCACAAGACGACGGGCAACAGCAGUGGCGAGAAGGUUAUGUCCGACGUCCUUGAUGAAGAUUCCACGGCAUAUCCUACCGAUGCAGCAGUGCGAGCCAAAGAACGAGAACGGUAUCGACAGUCACAGGCUAUCGACUCGACGCACGCUGCGCCAAGCAAGAAGAAGAAGUUCAAAGUGGAACAGCACUACGACGACUGCGGACUCGACGACUCGAGCCUCAAGCAAGCGUUAUGGGCUCUCAACCAGACGGACGCCGACAUUUACGACGACGACGACCAGAUCAUGAACGACGAGCCGGAGCAAGAUAACUAUUCCGUAUUUAUUUCUUUUCUGCGUGGUUUGAGUGGAUCAGACACCAACGACAUGAUUUACAGCCACAUACCGAAGAAGUUCAAGUAA